AUGGAUUAAGUUUUUAAUCAUUUAAUAAAAAGGGCAACUCCCUAACCCAUUAUUAAAGUUGGAACACCUUGGUAAUGCAUUCCCAUUAAAAAUGAUAAACAAGCAAGAGAUACAACAGAAGUUCAUAUGGCCGAUCAAGGAUUUAAUGAAUUGUCACAAUUUGAUAAAUUCAUGAAUCUUGAAGUGGUUUGGUUAAAUGAAAAUUAAGUACAAAAUAAAUGUUAUAUUAUAUCUAGUUAACCAGUAUCAAAGGCAUUGAGCAGAACUUUAGAAUCAAACAUCUAUAUUUACAAAAGAAUAAAAUUAGUACACUUGAAGGACUAUAAAAUUUGAAACAUUUAGAAACAUUGAGUUUAUUUAACAAUGAGCUAAGAGAUUUAGAAAAAAAUCUUUUGAUUUUAAAAGAGUUUCCAGGACUUACUACUUUGGGUUUUAAAAAUUGUUUUAUAUUGUCUUAGAUCUUUUUAAUAAUCCAGUUGCAGAAGAACCUUAUUAUCGAAAUAGAGUAAUUUCUGCUCUUCCUUAAUUAUAAUUACUGGAUAGAUCAAUAAUUACAGUUUAAGAAAAGAUUAAAGUAGAAGCAUGGUACAAGGAUUUCAAAGCAGAAGUUAAAAUAAAGAAAAAAGGAUAGAAAAAAUAAAAAUUACUUCCUUCUUAAAUAUUUUCAGUAGGAGAAAAAUUACUUUAUAAGGAAGUUGAUGAAAUAAAAGCAAAGCGAGAAUAAGAUAAAGUUGAUGAGAUACAAAGAGAAAGAACUAGAAUAAAAUUAAAGGAAAAAACAUUUGAUCCGAAUAAAUUUCCAACAAAUGAAUUAAAAGAACAAUUAAGAUAGAGACUUCAUGAUAAUCCAAUGAGUUUAGUAAAUGAAUGGGAAAAAGGGAAAUUAAAGAAGAUAUUUAAAUAAUAUGAUAAAGGUAAUAAAUAAUAGAUUUAAACUAGAAAAGAAAGGAUCAAUUACAUAAGAUAAAUUAUAAGGAUUAUAUGGAGAUUUAAUGAAUGAUUUAGCAAAUAUAGGUAAGGUGCCAGCUGUGCCUUUUGAUAAAUUUAAAGAAGUUAUGUCUGAAGAUCCAUUGCCUUGGGAUUCUUUUUGUUUUUAAUUGAAUCAUGUAGAUUUUUAAAGGGCUCCUGAAGAAAUUUUACAGAAGAAAAUAGAUGAGAAAUAUAAGGAAUUUAAUAGAAGAUUAAAUGCAGGAAAGAAGGGUGAAGCUAAAGAAUUCAUGAUAGAAGCAGUUAGACUAGAAGCAGCUCGAGAUAAGGAUGAACAUAAGUAAAUAAAACUAAUUAAUAUAAAAGACUACCAGAGAUCAUACCUGAAGAUAAUACCAAAAUAAGGAGUGAUUGUUUUGAUUUUUCAAGAUAUAAAUACAAGUAGAAUUUCACAGAUACUGCUAAAUACCUUUUACAGUGA